UGGAUUCCCGCUCCAAUUUCCCGCCAAAUUUCCGCGCGGUGCAUGUUGGGCAGGAGAUUUUCCCGGACCCUCCAAGAUGGCGGACGACAGCAGCGAUGAGGAACAGACUGUGGCCAAAGAUAUCGUCGUCACCAAGUACAAAAUGGCUGGCGACAUGGCCAACGGUAUUCUGAGGAAGCUGGUGGCCCAGUGUGUGACAGGUGCCUCUGUGAGAGAUCUUUGCGAGGCAGGAGACACACUAAUCCUUGAAGAAACUGGCAAGGUCUUCAAGAAGGACAAGGACAUGAAGAAAGGUAUUGCCUUUCCCACCUGCAUCUCUACCAACAACUGUAUCUGCCACUUCUCACCACUGAGGAGCGACCCAGACUACACACUGAAGGAUGGGGAUAUGGUCAAGAUAGAUCUUGGGGUGCACAUAGAUGGCUUCAUCGCCGGUGUAGCACACACUCUGGUUGUUGGCGCGUCCAAGGACAAGCCUGUGACUGGACGCAAAGCUGACGUGAUCCAGGCGGCGUAUCUAGCUGCGGAGGCCGCACUGAGGAUGGUCAAACCAGGAAAUGAGAACUAUGACAUCACUGACGUCAUACAGAAGAUUGCCGAAUCAUAUGAAUGUCAGCCUAUUGAAGGCAUGUUGUCUCACCAACUGAAACAGAAUGUGAUUGACGGAGACAAGUCUGUUAUCCAGAACCCCAACGAGAACCAGAGGAAGGAACAUGACAAGUGUGAGUUCGAGGUGCAUGAAGUGUAUGCUGUCGACAUUCUUGUCUCCUCUGGGGAGGGAAAGGGCCGUGAACAAGAGACGAGAACAACGGUGUUCAAGAGACAGAUGGACAGGGUGUACCAACUCAAGAUGAAGGCAUCCAGAGCAUUCUUCAGUGAUGUAGCCAACCGAUUUGCCACCAUGCCUUUUACGCUCAGGUUGAUGGAUGAUGAGAAGAAGGCGAGAAUGGGCGUGGUGGAAUGUGUCAAUCAUGAGCUGCUUACUCCAUUCCCGGUGCUGUAUGAGAGAGAGGGAGAAUUUGUUGCCCAGUUCAAGUUCACAGUGCUCCUGAUGCCAAACGGGAACAUCCGCCUGACGGAGGGACCCUUCGAUCCUGACAUGAUCAAGUCGGAGCACCAGGUCACAGACGAGAAGAUCAAGGCUGUUCUCAGUUCCUCCGCCAACAGGAAGGCAGCCAAGAAGAAGAAAAAGAAGGCAUCAAAGCAAGCGGAAGGUCAAGUACAGGAAGCCACCACGCAGCCGUGAUUCCCAAACUUAAAACUUCCCUCACUUCCUUCUGCCUACAGAAAACUUAAUACAAAACAACAAAUACUUGAUGGGUCUUCAUAGCUACCAUCAGAAGUGGACAAAUUUACCAGUUUUGGUACCAUUGCAACAAACAUGACUUUUCCCCCCCUAUAUUUCUAAUUGAAAAUAUAAAAAAAAAAGAAGUUUGGUCUGUCUUUGCAUUAAUGACGGCUGGAAAUCCAAAAGCCCAUUUUCAGUUUUUGGUAGUAGUUGCUUCUUCUCAAAAGUUUGUAAAAACAAAUUUCUGAAUUUGGCUGUUAUUUAAACCCAGAUAUCAGAGCAGUUAUUUGCACACUUGAAUAGAAACAUAUGCAAGAUUUUUCUAUGUAAUCAAUAUGUUACAUCACUUUAUGACAAGUCAACACGCACCUUGAAUCUACACUACUCACACCUUUAGAUAUGAAAUGCUUAUAUGAUAGCAUAAGUUGUAUGAAUGCUGUUAUUUUCUGUAAUUGCUAUUGAGUAUUUUCUUGAAUCCUGUGAUUCGAAUUUUUGCUUGUGUGUGGCUGUGUUCCGAAAGAAAUAUGAUGAACAUCGAUUGAAAAAAAGAGACACAUUAUAAAGUAGUGUCUUGUUGUUGGAAUAGAGCACAUAUUAUAUUUGCUUUUUAAUUGUGUUCUUUUUGAAAGAACUUACAGAAGAUGGAAUAGCAUCUUAUUGAUUGUGUUUUGUAUAAGAGCUUUCUUUUUUUUCUUGUGUAAAACAUAUUAUUCUAUUCCUAGGUAUUCAAUUUGAGUGAAAAGUUUAAGUAUGAUGUUUCAAGAAGCAGGUAUCAUUGAACAGCAAAUUUUUUCCCAAGACAAUUUCACCAAAUGUUUGGGUCUUGAUAUUCCUGCCAAUCAUGUAAUGCAGUGUCUCUACAUAGCUGGCCAAUCACAUCAUCUUCCACACUAAUAUUAACCAAUCAGAUCCGGUUACUGUUGUUCAAUAACCAAUAGCAUUACACCAUCUAGGAUGUACAGUUGGAAGGAUGUCUGGGGAAUGGGUACGUGUGAUUGGUCAAAUGAAGGACAUAGAAUAGAAUUUAGGGUUUUUGUAACCUAUGGCCAUGUUUGUUGCAAUGGCUGUUUUGUUCGCAGUCCAACAAUACAAGAAGAUAUGGAAACUUAAUAAAAAUAUUUCCAUUCUAGA